GGAUUGAACGAAACGUAUAAAAGAAUUUUUCGCAAAUUGUUUUAAUCAGUCCUAGUCACUGUAACCCAUCGGUUUAUAGUGCACUUAGUGCAAAAUGUACAAAAAUAUCGUUGUUCUCUUCUUGGUGGCUACCGCCAUCAGCCAGAUCGAAGCUUCCUGCUUCAGAGGAUGCGGCAUUGGACCAGGAUCUGAUCCAUGCUCUGACAACUGUCAACCCUUAGUUGUCAGACCCCAAGAAAUUCCCAAACCCCCACAAGCAACUAUUUCUGUUCCCGGUCCUCCACUCAAAGUACCACUCCCUACAAUCCCACUCGGUGGUCCCUGCUUCUGCAGAAGGCCAACUGUUAAACCAGCAGUCCUUCCAAAACCAGUUUGUGGCUCAUGCAGAAGAAGGGUCUGCAAUACCUGCAACUCCUGCCAAUGUCAACGCAACCAAAGAACCGAGGAGGAAGUCAUUGAGAAUCUUGGAUGUGGUGCAAAUGCCUUUGGAGCUUAUGGCUCACUCCCUGAAUAUGGUGGAGUUUCUCCCUACGGACCUGCAGGUUUUGCACCAUACCCAGUCCCUUUACCAGAAACCCGUGAACAACUUGCUCCAGCCGAUCCUGUCUCUGUAUCUAUUGCUUACAAUUUGGCCAAACAGGCACAAAAUUUGAAAGAAGACAUCUUAACAUUCGGAUUUAGGCAGAUCCCUAAAGAAAUCCCAGUUCAACAGAGACAGAGAGACAAUAUCCCUGAAGAGAACUUGUACAGUUUGAACGGAGCUGUGGUAGAACUCAAACCAGUGACAACUCUUGGCAAAUCCGUUGAUGAAGAGGCAGCCGAACAACUCAUGGAGUUGCAAGAAGAAGAGACCGUUGGUGAAGCUGGUGUUCGCAAGCUCACUCUUGGAGAAGUUGGAUACGGUUUAGCUAAAGUUGAACCAAAAGCAACAUACGUGAACGUACCACCAACCCCUCUCACUGUACCAGCAUGCGCAGAUCCAGGAUUUAUCCCCGGAAAAGUCAUCACCGACUUGGUGCCAAAACUUGAACCUAUUUUGAUUCCUCCCGGCCCUCCAGAACCAUGCGCACCAGAAUGUCCAUGCAGAUAUACCAACAAGGGUGAAUUCGGCAGUUUCGGAAGUUUCUCGUCAAAGAUCUCUUCCUCCAGCUCCUCUAAAUCUCACUCUGGAAUCCUCAUCCACAAGCUUUUCGACUGAUCUCUCAAAUUUAAAAAGCCAACAUUUAGUAACCUGGUUCUUAUAGAAAUUCUAAACUUCCGGAACUAUCCAAAAGAUUUUCAAAGAAAUCAAAUUCAAGGCUCUUGAUUGCUUCAGAUUCUUCUUUCUCAACAUUUUUCAAACACUACAUAACUCUUUCCUGGAACUUUUAUGUUGUACCUUUAGUCAUUUGUUUCAAAACAACCUCAGAGUAUUUUCUUGACUGUAUAUUUUUUUUUGUUAUUUUGUUUUUUGUACAUUUUUUUUCAAUUCUCCAAUUUUUUUUUCAUCUAUCAAUUUGAAAUUCAAAUCUGAUCUUCGACUGUUAUUUGCUAUGCUGAACAAUUUUUCCUGUAUAUUCCUCUCUGUAGUAUAGAACUAGGUUGCUGUUUUAUCUGUGAUCUCUUAACCUACUAGUAAAUAAAAUUUCAAACGAAUACAUUCUA